AUGGCAAAGUAUAAGGCCAGGUUAGUCGUGAAGGGGUACAAGCAAAAACCCGGGAUCGACUAUGAAGAGAUAUUUGCUCCUGUCAUCUGCAUGGAAGCGAAGUCUAUCUCAUUGGAAUGUUGCUCUUAUUUACGAGUCAUUUAUGAGUUUAUUCAAGAGUCAUGUAUAAAGCCUACAUUAAGUGUUUCACCUUCAAAUUUAUCCCAUCAAUUGCCGCCGUCCCCGUCUCCUUCGCCCACCGAAUGCGGAGACUUCUCGUAUUGCCCCAGCGACGAGACGUGCUAUUGCCUCUUUGAGUUCUACGAUCUCUGCCUAAUUUACAGCUGUUGUCCUUAUGAGAAUGUGGUGUGUUGCACCGGGACCGGCGAUUGCUGCCCGAGUAAUUAUCCGAUCUGUGAUGUUGAAGAGGGACUGUGUCUCAGGAAUGUUGGAGAUUACUUGGGAGUCGCCUCAAGGAGGCGAAAGAUGGCAAAGCACAAACUCCCGUGGAAUCGGUUUGAAGAAAACCAGAACAAGAUUUACCGACCAUUGGUGUGGAAGAGGAACCGUCUCGCGGCAAUUCGCUGACCACUAGGGAAGCGCCAAAUGGGCCGAACAUCUGUCAGUUUUGAUACUAGUAAUCGUCGGCA